AUGCCGCAAGAUAUCGGCCACCACGUCACAUCCAAAGCGCAGCUCAGCAGCGUGCAAAUGCAGCUUAAUGAAGCCUCCAUGGCCCAGAAAAUAGAAGGCAGCAUACGUGUUUCUGCUGGCACUAUGCGUAAUGUUAUAUCGCUUAUCCGUAUACCUGAGCUGGCAAUCACGAUGCAGGAGCUCUCGAGGGAGCUUAUAAAGGCCGGCAUUAUCGAGGAGUUGGUCGGCGAGAAUCUGCAUGCUAAUAGUCCCACGGAGCUCCAGGAGGAGGCUUCUGAGGAAGAGGUCGACAAUGUGCUACCGGAAAUCCUUAAAGACCGUAUGGCUACCACCGGGAGACUGUCCACUGCCCUGAUCGCCCCGGGUUCUACCGUCGCGGCUCCUCUGGGGGAGGAGGAGGAGGAGGGUGAGGAGGAUAUAGACGUGAUGAUGGGUGACAUGCGAACUAAGCUGGAGGCCUUAAGAAGCUAG